AUUUUUAGUAGAUCAAACCCCCGUCGAUAUAUGCGUAAAACGGUAACAUUUUCUCGCGUAUGUGCGUAAAGUUAAGUAAUGAGGUUUGCAUAACAAUUUCAGACUCUUCUUCUAGGGCCUAGAAUCCAGGCUGUCCGUGCACUUGAACACGCCCUCGUAAUACGUGACGUACCAGGCACUCAGCUGGCCGUGUUUUGUUGACACUCUGGCAAUGUAAGCUGUAUGUAUGUGUAAACAACGAGCAUUUUUGCGACAUCUGCCCGAAACAAUACGCACAAUACUUUGGAGGUGAAUUCUGUUUCUCUGGAUACGCGAGCUCCAUGGCAAACGAAAAACCUAUGCAUACAUAGGCCAGCUAUAUUGUCAAGGUAAACUCUGUAGUCGUGUCACACAACGGUGACCACGAAUAGCAGACAGACAUUACGGCAGGAUGAUCGAACCUGUCCCAGCCACCCAUUCGGGGGACGAAGGCCUCGACCAAGACUGUCCGGGGAUGUCUGACGAACCUGCCACGGUACAGGGGCUCGUGUGCGCCUCCUUCAAUCAAGACUCGACGUCUUUGGCUAUUGGCACCAAGGAUGGCUACCGGCUCUUCUCUUUGGCAUCUGUGGACAAACUCAAUUGCAUUCAUGAAGGUGCAGAGAGUCCCGAGGUGUACAUCGUGGAGCGCCUGUUCUCCAGCAGCCUGGUGGUGGUGGUGAGCCACUCCAUGCCGCGCCGCAUGAACAUCUACCACUUCAAGAAGGGAACCGAGAUCUGCAACUACAGCUACUCCAGCGACAUACUGGCCGUCAAACUCAACCGGCAGAGACUGGUGGUAUGUCUUGAAGAGUCCAUAUACAUUCACAACAUUAAAGACAUGAAGCUGCUGAAAUCUCUGCUCAACACACCAUCUAACCGCACAGGUCUAUGCGCCCUGUCCGUGAACCAUUCCAACUCCUACCUGGCCUACCCCGGCAGCACCAGCAUAGGGGAGAUCGUGGUGUACGACACCAACAGCCUGAGCACGGUGAUUGUGAUUCCGGCUCAUGACAGUCCAUUGGCAGCUAUGUCUUUCAACAUCCAAGGCACCAUGCUAGCCAGUGCCUCAGAGAAGGGUACCGUCAUCAGAGUGUUCAGUGUUCCUGACGGCCUAAAGCUGUUUGAGUUUCGAAGAGGGAUGAAGAGGUAUGUGAGCAUCAGCACGCUGUCCUUCAGUGCCGAUGGGCAGUUCCUGUCAGCCUCCAGCAACACAGAGACAGUGCACAUCUUCAAGCUUGACCACCACCCUGCCAGUGAGGAGGAGGACUCGUCCACCUGGUCCUCGUACGUGGGGAAGGUGUUCUCGGCCGCCAGCACCUACCUACCCGCUCAGGUGUCCGACAUGAUGCACCAGGACCGCGCCUUCGCCACCGUGCGCCUCAACAUGUUCGGACUCAAGAACGUCUGCACCAUGUCCAUCAUCCAGAAAUUGCCUCGUCUGCUGGUGGCUUCCUCAGAUGGUUUCCUGUAUAUUUACAAUGUGGACCCACAGGAGGGCGGCGAGUGUGUGUUGGUAAACAAGCACAGGCUGUUUAACAGUGAUGAGGAGCAGCCUCCCCCAGAAGAGGAGCCCAUGGCUGGGGGACAGACGUACGCCGGCACCCUGGCCACGGGCGGAGGGGCCCAGAGCUACGCUGCUACCCUCGCCACACCUGCCUGCGUGGAGCACCCGGCCUCCGCAGGUCUCACAGGAUAUUCGGAAGAUGGAGGAGCCAAAAAGGGCGAGGUGAUCCCCGAACACGAGUUCGCUGCUGGACCUAUCCGUCUGGAUGACGAGCAGGAGUUCCCACCAGUCAGCGCCCAGAGCAACUAAACUCAUCCCGCCUCCUAGCCAAUCAACCAAUCACAUCCCGUGCUUUUGGUUCAGGGAGAGUGUUUGGAGUUAAAUCAUACCUACCGACCUACCUACCUACCUACCUGGCUUGGAAUUUGUUUUGUCAGAAUUGUGAAUGGCAUUGGCUAUUGACAAGCCACUGACAUUCUCAAAGACUGGCAAAUUGUUAGGACCAUAGACAUAUAUGUAGUACAUGUACUGUAUAUACAGUAGUAUAAUGUCUAUGGUUAGGACUAUGUAGCUACUACACAAUGCAGUAUUACAGAGAGAGACCAUUACCAGACAGUGGAGUUCAUACUUAACUGUAGUCCACAGAAAGGUAGGCAAGAUGCCUACUUAAACAAAACAAAAAAACGAUAUACAUUUAGCAUGGUGACGUUGCUGGAAGAAAGACUUUGUAGUUUUACAAAAAAAUCUACUUUUGGUAUGCACUAUUUAUGAUUCAUUAUUUAUGACAAACCUACCGUAUUCACGCUAAAUCGGUUUUCCCUUUGCGAAAGGGAUCGUUAGCAUUGGUUGGUAUCAUGAAUGGUGGACAAGUCUGCAUGUCAGAAGACCAUAUAUCUAUUAGCUCAGAUAAUUCCUUAUUUUAGGGAAAGAGAGAGCAAGCAGGAUCCACUUUAUUUUUUUGUGGGUGACUGAUCUCCCAAACAAAAUGUGAUGGAGAGACACUAAGCUAUCACUACUAGAAACCAAUUGCUGCCAAAUAGUAAGCCGUUUGAAUGCUUAUGUGUUUAUGUACAGUGAGAGUUGGAAGAAAACGCCCAGCACUUGAUCCAAUUCGAAUUCCAAGUCAUGGUGUCUAAGGAACACCUUACGAAUGGUUUCACUUCUGUUUAGUGUUGCCAGAUGGAAAAUGCUGAACUAUCGUAGCAAAAGCUCAAAAUUAUCGUUUUUGGGGGCUUUUUGGGAGGAAAUUAUCAUAGAAGGCCCAAAUAGUUGUUUCAAGGCAUCUGAAUGAACUGAAUGACAAAUCUGAAAUGAUCGUACAUCAUGUUUUUUUUAUCGUACAUAGGAGAAAAUGGACAAAAUUAUGGUACAAAUACAAUAAUUAUCGUACAUCUGGCAACACUGCUUCUGUUUGAGCAUGUAGGACCAUGCAGUAGCAUGUAGGACCAUGCAGUUAAUUAUGGAGACUGAAAACAGUUGCUGUGAAAAGGAAAGCUGAAACUUGAAGAUAGUAUACUAUACACAAAUUAUAAAAAUAACAAGCAAUUCUCAAAAUAUAAAGGAAGUCCUACUGACUUACAGAGUUCAGGGGCCUCAUGUGUUACGACUUCUGUAGAUUUCCUACUGAAUAUUUACGUAUGUGAAAUAUUCAUCAGUGUAUUCAUCAGUCCACGCAAGCAGGUUUUCAUGCUGAUUCGAGUGGUAUAUCUGAUUUCACAUGAAAUUUAGAACGUAUGCACUUUUUCAUGUUAAGUCAAGUUAGUACAUCUGAAGGGUUACUUUACAGUAUGGAGUGUUUUUGUGCGUAAGCAAACUUUGUACACAAGGCCCAAGUUCUUCACUCCGCUUGUGAAUUUGCUACAAACUCAACUUUGUAGACCUGUUACUGUUUUGAGAGGGGUGAGGCCACAAUGAAUCAUAUAUAAUUUAUAUUUCUCUGUCUCAGAAAUAUUUUAUUAUUGACGAUUCUGUGUCCCAGGAGAGUGAAGAUGCUUGAUGCGGUCCGGACUUCGGUUUCGAGACUAUGUGAGUGUGCAUGGGCUUUUGCCUUGAUCAUCAGAGAUGUCGAUUCCGAGUACUAUGAAGUCAUCAUCAAGACAUUACAAUUUUUACGUUACAUUACAUUACAUUACAUUACACUUAGCUGACGCUUUUAUCCAAAGCGACUUACAGUUAUUAUUUUUCAGGCUUUUUAGUUACAGUCCCUGGAGCAAUGUAGGGUUAGGUGCUUUACUCAAGGGCACCUCAGCCAUGGAUGGAGGCGUAGGAUGAGGUCAGCUGGUGGGAUUCAAACUGACGACCCCCAGUUUGAAAGACCACCUCCCUAAUCACAAUGCCACGGUUGCCCCCAUGACCAUGAACCUGAGUAACAAUCUGAUCACAGCAGUCAUAAAAAAUAUUGUUGCAAAUUAAAAAUGAAUAAAAGUAUCAAUGAUCAAAAAGAAACUUACCAAAAGACAUACACUCGCAUUGUGUUAGAAAGCAAACAUGGCAGGGAUUGACAGCUCUGUAGAUCAUGCACGCUUCUCAUUCUACAUUGAAGAGAAUAAGUUGUGGGUUUUUUUUCAAUAUGAAGUCGAUUUGAAGUCUUGCAGAUCAUCAAUAUAACAUACAAUACGCUAGUAGUAGAACCAGUGUUAGAGAGUAGACCAUACAUAUAGCGUCAAUCAGUGGUGUAUUCCAAAUAGUCGUAAAUCCUUUAAUAUAAGGGCCUGUGAAGAAUCCAAAGGCACACAACACCUCUCUUAGUAGGUUUACAACUUAACAUAAACAUAAUGGUAGCUGCUAUCACCUUAUUGGAAUACAUCCCUGAAGUUUAAUUUUGUAGUGUCUACAACACAUGGACAUAAUAAAGUCGUACCGGUGAACAUUAACUCAUAUUGUUUUGGGUAAAGGCAAGAUCAAAACAAACAUGCGUACCGGUAGACUACUUGGCCUUGCUCAGAUAGGUCAUAGAUGUACAUGCUGCACAUUGCUAACACAUAAUGUGAAAAAAGUAAUGUGCAUUUAAUUGUGUUCAAUUUUUUUUUCACACUAUAGACUCUGGACCUGACAAAAAUAAAUAAAAUAAAUGUUGAUACAUUUAUCUCAAAGUUACAACCAUAGUAAUGUGAGAAACUACUUAGUCAGUCAGGGGAAUUGUGUGUACAUUUUGUGUACAGUGGAUUCUGCCCCUGUGCAGUCACAGUGUCAUAUAAAGCCCACUAGGGGUCGCUAGUUCUACAGCUUCAGUUAUAAUUCCCCCAGCUCAUCCUGCUUUUCUAGAACUCUCCAGAGUAACCUUCCUGUUAUGACAUUUCAGCAAUACCAUGCAAGAGUUUAUUCUAUAAUAUAAAGAUUGACGCAAGUGAAGACAUUAUUUAAGUGAUGCCAUUCUGACAUUCUGUAAUAUAUUCGCUUUAAAGAGUAGCUUGUAAACAAUUUUGGCUUUUCAUCAAAGACCCAUAGACAGACACUCAGUCAUGGUAUUCAUCUGUAACUUAUGUCAUGCGGGAAAUACCAAAUUGUUGUAUUGUCUGAUAUGACUGAUAUUUGCAUCUUUAAUGCAAUCAUGUUUUCUUUCACUGUCAUCUCGCUUCCCAUGUUUGACUUUUGUAUGUGCCUACUUUGAAUUACUUUUGUGAGAGGAUGUGUGUAUAUCUGUGUUCAUGGGAGGGCCAGACACUAAUGAAAUAAACAUACAUUUGCAUUAAUAA